UUUCAUUAUUUAAAAAACAGUUAGCAUUGUUUAGAUAAAAGGUGAGAACUAGCCGUGUUUAAGCUGUUAUUGGACCUUGAAGGCUAAUAAUUGUUCCUUUUACUUCAUAGUUCAGUUAAUAAUCAGCUGACCACAAGGUUGUAGCUAGUCGCGCUAUGAUGCUGCUUCUGCAAACGACGCGAUUGCCAGUGUUAGUUUUCCGUGGUUUGCUUCUAUUUUUUCUGGGGAUAUGUUUUUGCUGGGUUUGCGAAGCACUGCACAACAUAAAAGGCGAAUUUACGUCAUCUAAAAUAUCAUUUUACACAGAAUCUGCAGCAAAAUUUUGGAUAUCCUUCUGUUGUGGUGUUGCCUCAGUCACAGUAGGACUUUUAUCUCCAUGCGUUGAUUCUAAACUUGGUGCUUAUGAAGCCUAUAAUAAGGAGUGGUCGUCAGUUCUAAGAUGUGCUGCUCUGUUCUUCGGUUUCAGUCAUGCUACUGCUAGAAUAGAUUUUGCUACAUAUUCUCAGCUAUCACUUACAGCGAUUGGAUUAUCUGUCGCACUUUGGUGGGUUUUUGACAGAUCUCUUGUCGGAUUUCUUUUUGGAACGGCAGUCGCACUACUCGCCACAUUUAUUUUCCAAUCAUUUGUUUGGAAGCAACUCUACAGGUUUUCCCAUCCAAUGAUGGCCGCUUGGUUACCUUGUCUUUUCUUCUCUGGUGGUGUUGUCAUUGUUCUGGUUGGCCGACAACUAGCGAAACCUGAUGUUAUGGCGCUGAUGCAAAGGAAAGUUAAAUAAUCCUAAAAUCUCAUUCAAAUUAAUUUCUAUAUCACUGUACAUAAAUUUCAAACAUGUAUAGAAAUAAUUAGCUCUUCAGUAUGCAUUUCAUAUAACCACAAACUUAAUAAAACUCUAUGACUUCCUGGGUUCCUCUGUUUGUACUCUACGCAUACAGUUUAUUGCGUCAUUAAUAUCAAAUUUGCCUCAGUUCGAUCAUGUUAAUCCUAGAUUUUGACGAUUUUGUGUGUAAUGUUUAGAGAAUAUAUCUGAAGAUCUGUUUCAAUUGGUUUCAAGUACUUUUUUGGUAGUUCAUGCAUGUUAUGUAACUCAGUUGCUUGUUCCUUCAGCCUGUACAUCUCAUUAAAACGUUCUUUCAAGAA